UAAGUAAGGCGCUAGAGGGAAGCGCAUCACAAUGGCUGUCCCAAAUAUGCUUUGCUGGCAUUACAUGGCCACAAUUCAAAGAACUCUUUGUGCAACGCUUUGUUGGCAUAGAAACGUCUGCGGCUAUACUGAUGAAAAUUUUGAACGGGCGACCAAAGUCUGGAGAAAGCUACACCGAGUAUGGCAGCCGAAUUGUCUGGAGGAAAUCGCGGUUUAUCUAGCUCUGGCCCACAUGGCACAAAUGGAUGACAAAUUGUCGCGCUUGGUUUUUACAAACAAUAUUAAAACCCGAAAUGAAAUGCAACAACAACUACAAGCGCACACUUUUAAGAAGCGGAACCUAGAUGACGACUCAUCUACAACAGGCCCGGAGCGUAAAAAGCCUAAGUAUCUCUCUCAAGUGAAAUGCAACUAUUGUGGAAAGUCUGGGCAUAAAUAUGCUGAAUGUCGUGCUCGACAAAGGACACCAAUUCAAGGAAAAAGCCACUACGGAAGUUCAUCGCAAGGAUCAAAAGACCGGUCAACUGUCAAAUGUUUCAAAUGCGACGAGCUUGAACACUUCGCAUCCGCUUGCCCAAAAGGAGGACCACGAGGAAACGACCGAGUAAUUGAGAAACGUGUAGACAUCUGUACUGUAGCUCCGCCAUCAGGAACAAUAUGCAGUUCAACCGGUGAGUCUAUUCCAUUUUGUUUCGACUCCGGAGCUGAAUGCUCCUUGGUUAAGUAAAGCGUCGCCGAUAAGU